AACAAUUUCCACAUGUAUGCAGUUUUAUAAAAAUCCGCUUAGUUAGAUCCUGUAAAUUAACCAAAAGAGAGCAAAAAUGGAAGAAACUCCAGCAGGUUCGCCGCCUCCUCAUGUGCUGAUCUUUCCUUUUCCAGGACAGGGAUUUGUGAAUCCCAUGCUCAAUCUAGCUGAGCUUCUUGCCCUUGCUGGUCUAAAAAUUACCUUCAUCAACUCCAACCACAACCAAGAACGUCUCAUACGAUACACCAAUAUUCAACCUCGAUUUGGCCGAUACCCUGGAUUCCAAUUCCUGACUGUAUGGGAUGGACUUCCGGCCGACCACCCACGUUCCGGUCACCGGUUCGUGGAGCUGUUUCAGUCGGUGAAAACGGUGAGCAUGGGAAUGUUGAAAGAGAUGGUGAUUGGAAUAAGGCCAAGAGUUAAUUUUAUGAUCGGAGAUGGGAUUAUGGGAUAUUUGAUUGAUUUUGCUGAUGAGUUUGAGAUUCCAAUUCUUCAUUUUCGAACUAUUAGUGGUUGCUGCUUCUGGGCUUUCUUCUCCAUGCCUAGCGUCAUUCAAGCUCAUCAACUUCCUGUCAAAGGUACAUACGAGCUCGGAGUCUUGUAUUUAUUGCAAAGGGAGGGAAUAUCUUUCCGGAAUUCAUGUCCGGAAUACGAUCAUGAGACAUGUGAAGUCAGUGUCAUCGCAAGAAGAACAAGAACAUUACCUUCUUAUCAGGAAGGUAACUGUUGCAUGACUUCCUCAUUUCUUGCAAUAAAAUUUUCAACUCCCCUCAAUUCUAGUAUUAAAAUGGAUCAAAUUAAGGCAACUCAUUUGAGUAAAAUGGAAAAAAUUACUCCAAGUUCUCCUCCUCCUCCUCCUCAUGUCCUAAUCUUCCCUUUCCCAGCACAAGGCCAUGUAAACGCCAUGCUUAAACUAGCUGAGCUUCUCGGCCUAGCUGGCUUAAAUGUUACCUUCCUCAACUCUGAAUACAACCAUGAACGUCUUGUUCUAUUCACUGAUAUUCAAGCUCGUUUUGCUGAAUAUCCUGGUUUCCGGUUCAGGACUAUAUGGGAUGGUCUUCCAGGUGAUCACCCACGUUCCGGCGACCGGUUCAUGGAGAUGUUUGAAUCAGUGAAGAUGAUAGCUAAGCCCAUCUUUAGAGAGAUGUUGAUUACAAUUAGACCACCUUUGAAUUGCAUUAUAGGAGAUGGAAUCAUGGGAUCUGUUGUUGAUGUUGUUGCUAAUGAACUUCAAAUCCCAAUUAUUCAUUUUCGUACUAUUGGAGCUUCUUGUUUCUGGGCUUAUUUCUCUCUACUUCAUGUCAUUGAUGACAAGGAACUUCCAAUUAUAGGUACCUGUCUUCUUCUUCUUCUUCUUUUGGUAAUUCCGACAUUUUCAAGGAACAGAGAAUUGUCGGAUGGCAAAAUGGAACAAAGCUCAUCAAAUCCUCCUCCUUCUCCUUCUCCUGCUGCUGCUCCUCAUGUAUUAAUCUUUCCUUGCCCGGCCCAGGGCCAUGUCAAUUCUAUGCUCAAGCUAGCCGAGCUUCUAAGCCUUGCUGGUCUUAAAGUUUCCUUCUUGAACACAGAGCAUAUCCAUGAGCUUCUGAUCCAGUUCACAGAUGUUGAAUCCCGUUUUGCCAAGUAUCCAGGAUUCCAAUUCAUGACCAUAUCUGACCAUCUCCCUGUAGAUUUCCCACGGACGGGUAAUCUAUUAUUGGAAGUGAUGGAGUCAAUGGAAGUUAAGAGUAAACCAACUUUCAAGCGACUUCUGAUUGAAUCUAGGCCACCAGUAAACUUUAUCAUAGGAGAUGGAAUCUUUGGAUUUCCUCUUGAUGUUGCUAUUGAGCUAGGAAUUCCAGUUUUUCGUUUCCGUACAAUUAGUGCUUGUUGUUUCUGGGGUUACUUUUGUAUUCCUGAUUUGCUAGAAGCCUGCGAACUUCCCAUCAAAGGAGAAGAAGAUAUGGACAGACUUGUAACAAAAGUGCCCGGCAUGGAGAAGUUUCUCCGGUGCCGAGAUCUUCCAAGUUUCUGCAGAGUUAACGACAUGACGGAUCCCAUUCUCCUAAUGGUCCUCAACGAGACAAGGCAAACUCCUCGAGCACAAGCCCUCAUCCUCAACACAUUCGAAGACCUGGAAGCACCAAUACUAUCAGAAAUCCGCAAGCACUGCCCCAAAACCUACACCAUUGGACCCCUCCACGAGCUCUUGAAAACUAAACUUAGAGCCAUAAAGAAGCAAGAAUCAUCGUAUCAAUCUUCCAACAGUCUCUGGGAAGUUGACAGAAGCUGCAUCACAUGGCUGGAUACUCAACCUUCUGAAUCUGUACUCUACAUAAGCUUUGGAAGCAUUACAGUGAUGACGAGAGACCAACUCAUGGAAUUUUGGCAUGGGAUUGUUAAUAGCAAGAAACGAUUUUUGUGGGUUAUAAGGCCUGACUCUGUUACCAAUAACGAUGGUGAAGUUGAAAAAAUUCCUGAGGAGCUUCAAGAGGGACCAAAGGAAAGAGGAUACGUUGUGAAAUGGGCACCACAGGAAGAAGUUUUGGCACAUGAAGCCAUUGGUGGGUUUCUAACACACAGCGGAUGGAACUCCACGUUGGAGAGUAUAGUGGCUGGUGUGCCGAUGAUUUGCUGGCCUUAUUUUGCAGAUCAGCAAUUGAAUAGCAGAUUUGUCAGCGAAGUUUGGAAGCUUGGAUUGGACAUGAAGGAUUUGUGUGACAGAGGUGCUGUGGAGAUGAUGGUGAAUGAUCUGAUGGUGGAUAGAAGAGAUGAGUUUGUGAGAUCAGCGGCUAGGAUGGCAGAGUUGGCGAGGAAGAGUGUUAGUGAAGGUGGGACCUCUUCUUGCAAUCUGAAUCGUUUGAUUGAAGAUAUAAGGUUGAUGAGUUCUGUGCAAGCACAUGAUAAUUGACAAAGAGUUGCUGAUUCCCCUAAAAAUGGAGCUUUAUGUUUUAGAAUUAAAGAAUAAAGACUGGAAGUCAUCGUCAAGUUUUGGAAAGUUGUGUUUGGAGUUGUAGCUUAAUUAGUUUUAAUUAAUCCCUGAUUAUGAUGCCAUUUAUGAUUAAUAAGAGCUUCGUUGUACCAAUGAAA